AUGGCUGGCCCCGGCUGCUGUAUCUGCCUGGAUGAGUUCUGCAGUCCGGUCUGCACGCCCUGCGGGCACACCUUCUGCCUCACCUGCAUUGGGGGGUACUGGAGCCAGGCAGGGGGGGUUUGCCGCUGCCCCCUCUGCGGGGCUUCCUUCCAGGAGUGGCCUGAGCUGCAGUGGGCAGGGCCCCGGGAGGCGGGCGUGGCUGCGGAGGGGCCCGAGGCCGGGGCGGGGGAGGUGGCCUGUGACGUGUGCACGGGGGGGCGGAGACUCCGGGCGGUGAAGUCGUGCGUGGCGUGCCUGCGCUCGUACUGCCGGGAGCACCUGGGCCCGCACUAUCUGUGUGCCGCUCUGCGCAGGCACCCGCUGCAGGCCGUGGGGAAGAACCUGGAGACGUCGCGCUGUGGGCUGCACGGCCGGCCGCUGGACCGGUACUGCCUCACUGACCGCACCUGCGUGUGUGCGCUGUGUCCCCGCACUGACCACCGUGCCCACCGCCUCGCCCCCAUCGCCCGCGAGAGCAGGAGGAGGAGGGCUCAGCUGAGGAAGACUAUGGUGAAGAUGCAGCAGAUGAUACAGGACAGACAGAGGAAGGUGGAGGAGAUCAGACAGUGUGUGGAGCUCAGCAGAAGCAGCACACAGGGAGAGAUUGACGACAGCAUGCAGGUCUUUAGCGCUUUGGUUCGCUCCAUUGAGACGCGCCAGGCUAAGCUCACUGAGGAGCUGGAGGAGAAACAGAGAGAAGCAGAGAGACGUGCUGAAGGCCUGAUUAAAGAGCUGGAGCAGGAACUCACUGAGCUGCAGAGGAGAAGCACUGAGCUGGAGCAGCUCUCACGCACCGAGGACCACCUCCACUUCCUACAGACCUUCCCAUCGCUGUGCACACCCCCUCACACCAGGGACUGGUCUGAUGUCAUCGAGAGGUUUCUACAGGAGAUGUUCCAAUCUCAAAGGCCUCCCUCAGUGCAGAACAACAGCAUGUCGUCCCCUACAGGCGAGUCAGGGGAGAGGCCUGAGAGGCCUGUGCCAGUCAGGGCUCAUCUGACCUGCUCCAUCUGCCUGGACCUUUUCAAGGAGCCGGUGACCACGCCCUGCGGCCACACUUUCUGCAGGGCCUGCCUGGACCGCAGCGGACGCGUGUGUCCGCUGUGCAAGGAGCACCUUAGCAGAGACAGCAAGAUGAAUGUGCUGCUGCGCUGUCUGCUGCAGGACUUCCACAGGGUGCAGGGGCGGAGCCUGCAUGAAGGGGCGGGGCCCGAGGGGGCGUGGCCCGAGGGGGCCGUGCCCUGCGACAUGUGCACAGACAGGAAGCUGAAGGCGGUGAAGUCCUGCCUGGUGUGCCUGGCCUCGUACUGCCCCGCCCACCUGCAGCACCACCACUCCGCCCGCUGGCUGCGGGGCCACAGUCUGGUGGCCCCCCUGGCUGAGCUGGAGCAGCGGGCGUGUCCGGCUCACGGGCGCCCCCUGGAGCUCUACAGCAGGGACCAGCAGUGCUGCAUCUGUGCCCUCUGUGUGGAGCAGGGCCACCAGGUCAUUGCCGCAGAGACAGAGUGGGAGAAGAAGAAGGCAGAGCUGGGAAGCAGGAAGGAGGAGCUGGAGCAGAGGAUCCGGGAUCGGAGCAGGAAGAGGGCAGAGAUCAGACAGGCGGUGGAGCUCUGCAGAGAGUCAGUGUUCUCUAAAACAAAAGCCACCUUUCCCAGGAACUUCAUUAAUUCUGCAUGGCGAUGUUUCAGAGCUGAGCAUGAAUGCAGUCGGUCAGCAGCCUCACUAACCCGCACUAGCCGAGUGAGGGGAUGUAAAAUUGACUGUGUGUGUCAGACCCACACUGACAGGGAGAAGGGGGAGAUCCAGGCUGUGUUUAGGGCCGUAGUGACUGCAGUGCAGGAGGCCCAGGCCACGCUGCUGCGCCCCCUGGAGGAGAAGCAGAGAGAGGUGGAGAGAGAGGCAUUGCGGUUCACCCAGGAGCUGGAGACAGAGAUCAGCCAGCUCAGGAAGAAGAUGUCAGAGCUGGACAACAUCUCCAAUGAAGAAGACCAUGUCCACUUCCUCCAGUGUUUUUCAGCAGUCUGCUGCUUAGAGGAGAGCAGAGAUUGGAGUGAUGUUGCCGUGGAUACAGACCUGUCUCUGGGCACCAUGAGGAGCGUGCUGUCAGCCUUGAUGGAGCAGAUUCAGGAGGAGCUGGAGCGUCUGUCCUCCACUGAACUUAGACGGAUUCAGAAGUUCUCAGUGGAUGUGACACUGGACCCUGACACAGCCAACCCCAGCCUGCAGCUUUCGGGGGAUGGGAAAGAGGUGCAUGAUGGAGGUGCUGACCGGGAUGUUCCAGACACCCCAGAGAGGUUUGAUCUGUUCGGCAGCGUCCUGGGAAGCACCCCGUUGGCCUCUGGACGGCACUACUGGGAGGUGCAAGUGGGGGAGAAGACAGGCUGGGAUCUGGGAGCAGCCAGUGAGGCCAGCAGCAGGAAGGGGAGGGUCAAAGUGGAGCCGGAAAAAGGGUUCUGGGCCAUUGUGCUGUACGAUGAGCACCACUAUGCAGCCAUGACCACACCCCCCACCAUCCUCACCCUCACCUCCAAACCCUCCACCGUGGGGGUGUAUGUGGAUUAUGAGGAGGGUCAGGUCUCCUUUUACAAUGUGGAGACCAGGUCUCAUAUCUACUCCUUCACUGGUUACACCUUCACUGAGAGACUCUAUCCAUACUUUAGUCCUCAUCUCAGAAAAGACAACCAAAACUCAGCUCCAUUGAUUAUAAGUGCUGUUAAUCAAGCUCACUGACACACCACACACACAC